UUCUGAAUCUGAGCUAAAAUCAGAACCAAAAAUACAGAUUUCAUCAUCCCAGCUUAAAAAUAAUGAUUAUGAUCCAUUUGGGAUAGAAAUAGCAGAAAUUGAUUCGAUGUUAGCUAACUUCUAA